AUGUCCUCUUAUGUUAAGAUCCCUUCGAACCUUAAGCCUUCCGAUCCACAGGGGUCGGAUUUAUUGGCCCAAGAAAGAGCUACGGUUACAUUCGAUGUGAAAGAACUUACACUUUUUUUAUUCGGCAAAAAAAAUUUGGACCGUUAUCAUGAAAUUUUAAGGAUAGUUGAAAAUGACCCUGCUUUUGACAAAACCAAUGUGUAUUUUAUGGGACGAAAUGAAUUAUUUAAACAUGCGAUGAAAAAAGAAAAAAGGCUAGCUCAAUUAAUUAAAGAAAACAAAUGGAAGGUAGAAGACAUUCAAUUCGCUGAAUGGUUACUUGAUACGCCGGGACCGUUUGGCGUUCAUCGAGGAAUGUUCAUACCAACUUUAAUUAGUCAAGGAACGGAAGAACAAAAGAAGGAAUUUCUUGUUCCGGCUUUGAAAUACAAAAUUCUUGGAUGCUAUGCGCAAACCGAAUUAGGACACGGUUCCAAUGUCCAAGGUUUGGAGACAACUGCCACUUACAUCUCUGAAGCCGAUGAAUUCGAAAUACAUUCUCCUUAUUUGACGGCUUCUAAAUGGUGGAUUGGAGGUUUGGGAAAAAUUGCUAAUCAUGCGGUCGUUAUGGCUCAGCUGAAAAGUAAUGGAAAACCCUAUGGUCCUCACCUCUUCGUCGUUCAGGUUCGAGACAUGGAAACGCAUCAGCCUUUGCCUGACAUUACAAUCGGAGACAUUGGUCCUAAGUUCGGUCUUAAUUCUACCGAUAAUGGAUUCAUUCUCUUUGAUCGUGUCCGAAUUCCACGAUCCAAUAUGCUUUCCAAAUUCUCGCAAAUCAAAAAGGGAACGGGAGAAUACAUAAACCCACCGAACAAUAAAUUAUUAUAUGGCACCAUGGUUUUAGUUCGUGCCAUAAUCAUUUCGGGUGUGCGUUUCGCGCUCGAGCGCGCUGUCACGAUUGCAAUUCGCUAUUCUGCUGUACGCAGGCAAUUUGUCGAUAAGGAGGAGCCAAAAAAAUUGAAGGAUGGUCGUGUGGUAGAAACGAUCAUAUUGGAUUAUACAAUGCAACAAUAUCGAUUGUUUCCCGUCAUUGCUCAAGCUUACGCGUGUUUCUUUACGGCCAAAGUCAUGAUCGAUCAAUACGCAGAAUACACGAAACAGAGUUCUGUUGGGAACUAUUCUCUGUUGACAGACUUACACGCUUCAAGUUCAGGAUUGAAAUCCUUGACAACUACAAUGGCCGUAGACUCGAUUGAAGAAUGUAGGAGAGCGUGUGGUGGUCAUGGUUAUUCAAGUUUUAGCGGAUUUGUCAAAUUUUAUCAAAAUUAUUUACCAAAUACAACUUGGGAAGGAGAUAAUUUUGUCUUGACUCAACAGACCGCUCGUCAUCUCUUUAAAACGUUUCGCAAAAUGGUAUUGAGCAAAGGUGCCGAAGCGUACCCGUCUCAAUCCGAGAGGAAUCAAACCAUGACAUACAUCCUACAAUAUCUUAAUGACCCGAAUCAUACAUGUACAGCGACAACACUUUUGGAUUUUAAAAAUCCCGAACUUCAAUUGAGGGCAUUUGGCCAUCGAGCGGCCUACUUAAUUGCAAAUGCGGUGGAUCAAAUCGAUAAUCAAAAGAGCACAUGGAAUUCCAUGCUGGUCGAGAUUAACAGAAUAUCACGUGCUCACUGUCAAUACCUCUUGGUACGAAAUUUCAUAAAUGCGUUGCAAAACUCACGUCAAAGCGAAGAUGAAGGGUUACACAUGUUACGUGACAACCCUUCGUUGAAAGAGGUCACGUUAACCAUUUGUAAUCUAUUCGUAUUACACACCAUGGAAAAAGACCUGGGGGAUUUUAUGGAAUGUGGAUAUUUAACCCCAUCACAAGCGAGAUUGUUGAGAGCUCAAAUUUAUAAUUUGUUAAAGGAAAUUAGGCCAAAUGCCGUUGGUCUGGUCGAUGCUUUUCUUAUCCCAGACUUUUUGUUGCAAUCCGCUAUUGGAAGGUAUGAUGGAAAGGUUUACGAGACUAUGAUUGAUUGGGCCUCCAAGGAACCCUUAAAUGGUAUCACCUUGGAUGUUAAUCCUGAUAGUGAUGUAUUAAUUAGAAACGAAACGGAUAAUAAAACAAAGGCUAAACUUUAA